AUGGAGAGUACCAUUUGGUCAUUUUGUGUCCCGAUUUAUCCCAUUAAUUUCAGUCAGCUGACCCGUUCUUUACUUCAAUAUGUUAGUUCAUCUGUUAAUAAGUUCAUACCUGACCUAAAAGGUAUCCUUGUGGAUUUCAAUGCAAAAAGUUUACAAAUCAUAACUGAAGUUGAUUAUUCUGAUCGUUCUAUUCCUAUUGGUUUCACUUGUGGUCUUUUUGUGAUUCAUCCAGAGUUAAACCAUCUUCGUGUACACGGGAAGAUAAGGGUCAAUAUUUUUCGCCCAUAUUUGGGUUUGGAAGUAGAUGCGAUUGUUUCAGUGGUUAGACCACAAUUUAUUCUUUGCCGUACAGAAAUUUCAAAUGUGAUGAUUAGUCUUCCACGUUUAUCUUCUGAGUCAGUAAAAAAGGAAGAAUUCAGCCAGUCCAUGUUAAAACCUUUUGACAAAAUAAGAGUUAAAUUGACUCAAAUUGAUAAUAAUUUUGGCUCUCCAGUUUUACAAGGUGACUUUAUGGAGUGUCUUUCGAAACCCUUAUCAAAAUAUUCCGAGCAACAGCAUAAGCAUCAAACAAAUUCUACUGGCGCUGGUAUGAGUGAUAUAAAACCAGUAAUAAAAGUGUCCAAUGAUACUGAUAGUUAUCAGACUACUCCGUCAUUUUAUGAAAAUUCUUCUGAUCCAGUCACUUUUCCGUCUAAUUCAUCUAACAAUAAAGCACCAAAAGUUAGUAAACCAAAGAUUUGGAAACUUGAAGAAUCAUUACAACUAGCUGGAGUCCUCGGUAAUUGUAGUGAAAGUCUGUUAACUGAUGAUGAGUUCCCAGCUGGUUCUGUGAAGAGAUUACGAAAGGAAAACUCAUCAACUUCCAAAGUACUAAAGAAGAAAGGUAAUUCAGAUUCGGAAGAGAUUGUUCAUGCUCUAUUAAAUGAUGCACUGUUAAAAUGUGGUAGAAAAUAUAGGUCAAACCAUAAUCUAUUGUCUUCUGUAACUGUAAAAGAGGAACCAACUUGA